AUGUGUAUUUAUUUCAUGAAACCAAAAGCACAGAAAAUACGAAUUUCAAUAUCGUUUGGGCUCCUGCUCAUCCAUCUUUAGCAACAGCAGAUGCGGGCCAACAUAUCCGGCGCGUCCUUCCCCAGCGAGCUGCGUGACUUGCUGCAGCGUCGCCUGGUCGAGCUGGAGAAACAGCUGCUGAGGAAAGUCAGCAACCUGGAGGAGGAGAAGAGCAUGCUGUCCAACGCCACAGCGGCGUACCGGCUGAAGACGGAAAGUACGCUCAACGCCCUGGUGGAGAGGAUAAGUGAGCUCGAGAAAGGAGGGGAAGACUUCAAGACCCCUGAGCAGUUCAAGCUCUCCCUACCGCAGCGUACAAACUACUUGUACGGCCGCAUCAUCAAGAGCCUCCCCGAGAUGUAUGCGUUCACGCUUUGCAUGUGGAUCAAGUCCAAUGCCUCUCCGGGCAUCGGGACGCCUUUCUCCUACGGUGUGCCCGGACAAGCCAAUGAGAUUGUGCUGAUCGAAUGGGGCAAUAACCCAAUUGAGCUGCUCAUCAAUGACAAGGUUGCGCAGCUGCCGUUGGAGGUUCGUGACGGAAGGUGGCACCACAUCUGCGUUUCCUGGACCACUAGGGAUGGACAGUGGGAGGCCUAUCAGGAUGGGGAAAAGCAAGGGGCAGGAGACAACCUGGCAGCGUGGCACCCGAUUAAACCAGGAGGGGUUAUCAUCCUGGGCCAGGAGCAGGACGUUGUAGGUGGACGCUUUGAUGCCGGUCAGGCCUUCGUGGGAGAACUGAGUCAAGUCAAUAUCUGGGACCGCGUUCUGAAGCCAGCCGAGAUCCAGUCGAUGGCCAACUGCACGUCGUACUUGCCCGGUAAUGUGAUCCCAUGGCUGGUGAGCAAUGUGGAGGUGUUUGGGAGAGGAGCCUUCAAGAGGCCCUUGGAGAUGUGUCUGGAGCGUCUGCCUAAUACUUAAACGCAUCUCAUCUGCCAUUGUUGUUAAUUAGCUGCUAUUUCUGCGCAUUCAUUUCAUUUCUAAUUACUGUGAGAGUGUUUAUGGAAGCUGUGAAAAGCAACAUUGUGAGUGAGGCAUAGAACACUGGAUGUGCAAAUUAGGUAACACUCUUACGGGCUACUUGCUUACUGUUUUUGCUACCUGGUGUCAAGUCAGUUGAGUCCACGGUUCCUUUGUGUGUUACCGUCGCCUUAUUAUAACUCCUCCAUCCUCAG